CACAACUUUGACAUAGUUGAACUUGCAAAUUACAACACUAUAAUAUGGCAUAAUAGCUAUACAUUUUAUUGUAUUUUUGAAUUUGUUAUGGUUUUACGCAUUUGUUAGGUUUUUAGUACCUACUUGAUUUCGUGUAUUAUUCGUUCAAUAUGAAUUUAGAAUUACUUAUGAUUAUUUGAACUAUAAACUUGAUUAUCCUGACUUCGGAACAAAAUAGGAAUGGCUACCGAAGAACAUAAAUAUUUAUCGAAUUUUUUCAAAGAUGUCCAUUUAGCAUUAAGGGAAUCAUCAGCUGAUAUCGGAGUGGACAAAGCGUGGCACUACCACUGUAGAAAUAAGGAUGUUCUUAAAACGUAUGCUCAAUAUAUGCAGAAACUAGCUACAACACAUUGGGAAAAAAACGCAUCAGAUGAACUAUCGUCGGCUUCAUCUCGGAUAACAUGGUCUGCCGACUUUGCGUAUAAGUAUUUUAUAAACAAAUCUUAUAUGAAACAAAGAGAAAAAGAAAUAGACAUUGGAAACAAGAUUAAUAUAAAAAUAAACAAUGCUGAUGAACUAUUCACUAAGCCAUUUAAACUGCUGGAUGUUGGUAGUUGUUAUAAUCCCUUUAAUAGAUAUGAUUUCUUUGAAGUAUUGGCAAUAGACCUAUGUCCCGCUAACAAUAUUGUAUUUGAGUGUGAUUUUCUGCAGGUUCCCAUACAAUCAGAUACUGUUAUAAUAGAUAAUAAAGUAAUUCAAUUAAAGGAAAAAAGUUUUGACAUAGUGACAUUUUGUUUUCUCCUUGAAUACAUUCCUUCAUCAGAGCUAAGAAUUAAGGCCUGUGAACAAGCAUACAAGCUCUUGCGCAUUGGUGGUCUGUUACUGAUAAGUACUCCUGAUUCAAAACAUGUUGGUGCAAACAGUAAACAAAUGAAGUGCUGGCGGUACACGCUGGCUAUUAUGGGAUUUUCCAGAAUAAAAUAUGAAAAGUUUAAACACAUGCAUUGUUUGGCAUUUAGGAAGUGUUCAAAUAAGGAAGUGGCAGAGAGAUGGGCAACUCUGCAUAAAGAAUCAUAUAUGAAUUAUUCCAUACACAUUCCACAAGACUUCAAAAAUAAGAAUGAGUGUAAAGUAACAAGUAGUAGUAUUAAAGUAGAAGUUGAGGACUUUAGAGAACUUCCUUUUAACAUUAUAAGUUAACAAUAUACAAUAAGUUUUUUUUUUAUUCUUUAUUAGCCAACAACAAAACAACUAUCAAUGCCCUUAAAGGUUUCAACAUUACACAACCAAGACAUUAAAAAAGCUUUCAAGGAGCGUAACCAUCAACCAAGGAAACCAUUUCUUUCUUACCAUGCAAGUGCAUUAUUACACAAAAAUAUGGAAGAUUUCCCACAUUUUUACAAUACCAAACCUGUUAAAGUAAUGACAGAACCCAGUUUAUAUACCCCCAUUAUUUUGCUGCCUAUAAUAUCAAAAGUUUUUUUUUGAAGUAGAACUCAGGGGAUCAAAAAAUAAUUCUAACCUUGAGACAAUUCAGGGAUUCGAAAACAUUGUCCUAAGAACAAUCUCAACAAAUAUUUGGAAAUAGCAACAAUAAGAGAGAAAAUGAACUCAUACUCCAAGAAAAAGCUUAGAUUAAAGAAAUAUCUCAACCAACAUCUUAGGUACAGACAGGGUCUUAAUAGAAUUGGACAAAAGAUAAACUUACCAGACCACAUUAACUCAAAGGGGAAGGAAAUUUGGUGAAAUACCUCUUAAGUAAUCAAUAAUCUUACUAUGGCUGGAAAAGCCAAUGGCAAUAUAGGAAAAUAUAAAUAUUUCUUUUAAGUGAAUAUAAAUUUGUCUUUUACCACCCUAUAGGAUAGAAAUAGAAACAAUGUUACCCAAACAAAAUGUACUCAUAAAGUAAAAUGUGUGAUGAGAUUUAAGGACUUCACACACAGCAGCUAUAAUGUAUAUUAAUGUACAUUACAUCCUGGGAUGUAUAGCUUUAAAUGUAAUGUAUCUUUCCCUUCAUUCCAUUGGUGAACAUCUCGAUUGAUGCACUUUCCAGCUGCUAAGGUUUUAUACAGUGUGUUGGUAUUUUUAAUAAAUAAAUAAUGACAUAUACAUCACCAUCUAGACCCAAAUUUAAGCAGUGCUUGUGUUAUGGGUACCAAAAUGACUGACGAUUAUA